CUCCAUAAGUGGACAAUGCUGGUUCUCUCGAAACAUUUGGCAGCCUUUGGCGCAGGUCAACCCAGCAAACCACUCCUCGCAAAUACUCCACGAUCGUCUGAGCACGUUCAGGGGCAAGAAGUGUGCAUCACGUCGGCGAGCGACAUCAGCAGGCUUCAAGAACGGCCCCGCAACGACCGGGGCAACGAUCAAUUCCCCGUCAUCCUCAUGAGGCCAGUAAGUCUAGCGGCAUUCGCUCUGUUUGACGGUCUGUCUCGACUACCACAGUCGCAAGAAGAACCUUGUCGAGUUUGUGCAUCAACAUCACUGCCGCCUCGCGCCAUGUCCGUGCCGGGAAGGUUAUGCUAGAGACCAUGGGUAAUAUUGCAGCGCGGGACAACGCACAGCUU